UGCAUGUGGUCACAAUCCUUUGCAUGCUGUGAUCUGCAACUCGUUCAGUUGCGUGAAAAGUUGCUCACAGCACGCUUAGAAACUCUGAUUGGUCUGCGGAGUCAGAGAUAGGAAGUGCUGUGAAACGUUUUGCAGAACUUUGGAACUGGUGGCACCAAAUGCUCAGACACAGGCACAAAGUGAAGGAUAAAACGACAGAAAGGAAAAGAUGUCUGGACCUCCUCCACCACCCCCUCCUGGCCCUCCUCCAACCUUUGCAGUGGCAAACACAGAGAAACCGAAUCUGAGCAGAUCUCAGCAGCAGGGGAGAAAUAAUUUACUAUCAGAUAUUAGCAAAGGCACUCGAUUGAAGAAAGCAUCGACCAAUGAUCGAAGUUCCCCGGUGCUGGACAAGCCCAAAGGAGGUGGUGGAGGAGGAGGUGGAAUAGGAGGAGGAGGAGGAGGAGGUGGAGCUCCAGCUGGAUUGGGUGGGCUGUUUCAGGGUGGAAUGCCCAGGCUAAGAUCACCAGGAAGCAAAGACAGCAAUGUAAAACCACCGAUGCCUUCCACAGGCGGGAGAUUCCCAGCACCCAUUAACUCAGCGGGAAGCAGACCUCCAGUCCCACCACCUGGACGACCUUCAUCUGUCAGGGCUGGACCCCCACCCAUACCUCCCACAGCGCGCUCUUCCCAGCACAGCUCUCCUAGUGGCCCACCACCUCUACCUGGAGGAGGUCACCCAUCAAGUUCCUCACCUGCCAAACAACCCCCUACCCAGCCAGGCAGACGUCCAAGUCUUCCUCCCACCUCGAGGGACUUCCAGUCUUCCUUGCCUCCACCCCCAAUGCCCGCCAGUGCCAGGCCACCAUUACCAACAAUCCCCAACAGGUCAUCGGAUGACUUCCCUCCCCCUCCACCAUUCACUGAAGGACGGAGAACGUCGUUUUCUCGAAAUGGAUCUCUACCUCCACCACCACCAUUAACAGAGAGUAAACCAUUAACAUCCUUGCCACAGAGGCCUAUGGGUAAUCCACCUCCAUCUUUACCUCCAGGACGAGGGGGGCUUCCACCGAUUCCCCCACCCACACGAGAGGAGCCAAACGCGAGAGCCUCUCCAAGAAACAGCCUUCCACCUCCACCACCACCUGGACGCUCCAGUCCAUUGCCUCCACCGCCCAAUGAGAGGCCGCUACCAUCAGGAAGGAGUCCAUCCAUACGGUCAGGUCCUCUUCCACCUCCACCCACUGGAGGAGGAAACAGAGCUGGAAUGUCAUCCCCUGUACCUCCUAAUCGGCCAGGUGGAUCAGGCAGACCCCCUCCACCCCCUGACCGGCCCGGACCAGCCAGCUUCCCUCCCCCACCUCCACCUGACAUAAACAAUGGCUACCCUCCUCCGUCUGUCACAGAUGAAUGGGGGAUGAGAUUUUCAUUCCAUCCUCUGUCUGAAUUGCCUCCACCAGAGCCAUAUGUCUCCUUUCAGAAGACUUACCCAAGCAAGUCAGGGGGCAAAGGUGUGAGAGACAGAGGAGCACCACCUUUGCCCCCCAUUCCCAGAUGAAAAGCAUUUGGACGUGCAAUAGUUUUGUUAGUUCACAUCUAGAUAUAAAUUAGCUUGAUUUCACUUAGCAAAAUAGGGAUUUUUUUUAUAUAGAUUUUAAACUUUGAAUUGCUGUCUUUGAAGUGAUUAAAUAAUACUGCUUCAUACAUACAUAGAUGUAGUAAAAAUGUAUUUCCAUAUACUUUAUGCUAAUAAAGUCCAU